AUGGUGGAGGUGAUUCCCAAACACAUCAAAGAUGUUUGGGACACAUGGAAUAUCAGAGGAAUGAUGAUCAUCAGUCUCUUGCUUCAGAUAAUUCUCAUUUUCUUUGCCCCCUUGAGGAAAAGAAAGCCCAACAAGCGCCUGAUCCUGCUAUUGUGGUCCUCGUAUCUUUUGGCAGAUUUGUCUGCGAAUUUUGCGGUCGCAUUGAUUGCCAAGAACCAAGGUAAAGACCCUAAACCCAAUGAUCCUCCUAAAGACAAGAAACUCCUCGCCUUGUGGGCACCUUUCUUGCUCAUACACCUUGGUGGACCAGACACCAUUACUGCGUUUUCCCUCGAAGACAAUGCUCUCUGGAACAGACAUUUCCUUGGGCUUGUCUUUCAGGCACUUGCAGGUGUCUAUGUGGUUGUCCAAUCUCUGCCCAAUGUGCUCGGGGAGAUAAUAGUGCUGCUGUUUGUUUCCGGGACUUGUAAGUAUCUGGAAAGAACAAUUGCGUUGUAUCUCGCGAGUUCAGACAAGUUCCGUGGCUCGAUAUCCUGGGCAUCCAGUUCAGGGUUUGACUACACCGAGCAAACAAAGAACCUAAAUAUGGACUCAGUACAUGAUUCUGAGAUGUACAUGAAGGAGCAUCCCGGUCACCUGAAACCUCCGAAGCUCAUGAUUCCCGAUAGAGACUUCACCGACCUUGAGAUUAUUCAGUAUGCUUUCUUCUUCUUCAACAACUUCAAGAGUCUUAUGGUCAAUAACAUCUUCAGCUUAGAACUGCGCGAUGAGAGCAAAGCAUUCUUUAGCUCAUCGAGAGUAGAAAAUGAAGAAGCUCUGAGGAUUAUAGAGUCUGAGCUCGAUUUUAUCUACGAAGGCCUGUACACAAAAGGCGCGGUUCUUCAUACUACGGUUGGACUUGUGAACCGGCAAAUAUCCAUGGGAUCUCUUUUAUCAGCCUUCAUCAACUUCCAUCGUUUACGCAAUAAGAUCCAAGAGUUUCACAAAGCCGACGUAGUGAUCACCUACACGUUGUUCGUAGUUGGCAUGGCUCUGGAUGUUAUAUCCAUCUACAUGGCCGUGGUUUCUGACUGGACAGCAGCCAUCCUCUCAAGAGUAAAGGAUGACCCCAACCAGAAACAUUCAGUGUUAGACCGAAUAUUCAACUGGAAGAGGCACACGUAUCGCGAGGAACAUCAGCAGGAAGUGCUUAACACGCCUCUUCAACCCAGAAGAUGGACUGGAAGCAUCAAAAUGUUCAACUUCAUCACAUACUCCACGAAUGCAGAUACAUAUACGAUCCACAGCCCAAGGGAAAGAACGUGCCAGCAUUUAUGGAAGAUCGCCUUUUUCCCUUUCAAUUACGCCAUCACCAUCAUCCACACUUGGUCUGGAAACAUCGCCAUAUGGUUCCAUAAUCUUCACCAGCAUGUUUUCCACCAACUGAUAAAUAUGUCUCCGGGAGAAAACCAGGUGUCUCGUGCUAUUGUCACCAUCUUCAAGAGUUUUGUUGAGUUUUGGUUCCACGUACCAUACAUUUUCGCGUUUCUUGGCACCUGCUUGAUCAACUCCCUGGGCAUGAAGGAUCUCCUCUACGAGAUAAGACUGGAAAGAUCCAUACGCAGUGAACCCUUGAGAAGAAACCUAUGGUCUUCCAUAUUUUCUGAGCUGAAAAGAAAGUCCCAGAAUCUAGAAAGCCUGGAGAAUACGAAAACAAAAUCCUCAGCCAGAACAGGUUGGGCGUCAAGUGACACCAAGAUGCGAGUAGCAGAUCAUGAAAUGCUGUUGCGUUACACGACGGAUGUUGACUAUGACCAUAGUCUCUUGAUUUGGCACAUAGCCACCGAGCUGUGUUACCAAGAAGAAGCUUCCGCCAAAGAGAACUGCAACACAUCAGAGUAUCACAAUGACCGUGAGAUGAGCAAAAUCCUCUCGGAUUACAUGAUGUAUCUCUUGAUCAUGCAGCCCAAGCUGAUGUCAGAGGUAGCUGGCAUAGGGAAAAUCAGAUUCAGAGACACGUUAGCUGAAGGUGAAAGACUAUUCGAGAAGACGGGUAUCAAAAACUCUAGAAAUGUGAAAUUAGCCUGUGAGAAAAUUCUCUCGGUUGAUACGAGCAUCGAACCAAGAGAAGUGAAAGGAAGUCAUAGCAAAUCAGUGUUGUUUGAGGCAAGUUCAGUGGCCAAAGAACUUCAGAGACUGGAGAAAGAUUGUGGAGAAGACAAAUGGAAGACACUUAGCAAAGUGUGGUUGGAGUUCCUCUUCCACGCAGCAUCACAUUGUGACGGUCCGACGCGUAUGGAGCUACUUAGCAAAGAACGAUUGAUCACCCUUCAACACAGCAUCGAACCAAGAGAUGUCAAAGGAAACCAUAGCAAAUCGGUGUUGUUUGAGGCAAGUUCGCUGGCGGAAGAACUUCAGAGACUGGAGAAGAAUUUUGGAAAAGACAAAUGGAAGACACUCAGCAAAGUGUGGUUGGGGUUUCUCUUCCACGCAGCUUCACAUUGUGAUGCUACAACGCGUAUGGAGCUACUUAGCAAAGCAAAGGUGGGGAGUUCAUCAACUUCGUUUGGCUAUUGA